AUGGAGUGGCAAGCUAAAUGGGCAGGAGACCUUAAGUUUGAAGUCCACCAUAAGAACAGGAUGAUCAUGGAAAGGUUUGUGGUCGAUUUGAUGGCUGGAAGGUGCAGUUGUAGGUUUUGGGGCUUGUGUGGUAUGCCCUGUCCACAUGCUUGUUGUGCUAUCUUUGAGAAGGGUGACAACCCAAAAGAUUAUUGUAGUAACUAUUACAGCAAGGCAGCAUACCUUGCUACAUAUGGGCAGUCAAUAUCACCGAUCAAUGGAGAAAAUAUGUGGCCAAAGAUACAAUCUCCUGAAGGCACACAAGAAUCUGAUGCUGCUGCUGGAACUGGAGGAGGUGAUGCUGCUACUAAUGAACCUGGUGCUGCUGUUAAAGCAAAUGGAUCUACAACUGCUCCUACUGCUAGAUCCAGGAUGGUUAGAGAAAGGGUUAGAGGGAGGGCUGCACCUUUGAUUGCACCAGCAUCAGGACCUUCAAAUACCCCUGCACCACCAUCACAGCCUCCACAAACCCCUGCACCACCCUCAAAGCCUUCAAACACCCCUGCACCACCAUUACAGCCUCCACACACCCCUGCACCAGCAUCACAGCCGGCCACUUUGCCUACACCAGCAUCACUGCCGGCCACCUUGCUUACACCAACAUCACUGUCCACUGCACCAGCAUCUCAACCUUUACCCAAGACCAAAAUCUUUGGUGUGAGAAGAAGUGGAAGACUCAAGAUUGGAGUUAGGAAGGCAACAAGUCAGCCGCCUGAACAUGUUGACCUCACGCUUGAUUGA